ACGUGACCCGGGGAUGAGCCACGUUAGCGGCUCUCGCUCGUCCCGAGUCCACUCGCUGAAACGGGCCGAACAGACGCCGGACGUGGUGUCGCUCCUCCGCCCCAAGGACGCCGACUGUUCCCGUCUCUCUCCGUCGUCGUCGUCGUUGUUGUUGUUGUCGUCGUUGUCGUUGUUUGUUUUCUCCAUAAAGAGGGGAGGGGGCAGCACUGUGCACUUGAACGCAUUCGGGGUUUUUUUCGUUCAUGAGAAUAGCGCGAUAAGUCGCAGGCAGGAUAACCGAGGAUGAUUUCUCCGUGGGACCGGUGGUAUUCGACGAGCUGCUGCCUCUGCUGCCACGUCAGGACGGGCACCAUCAUCCUGGGGAUAUGGUACAUGCUCAUCAAUGCGGUGGUCCUACUCAUCUUGUUGUCGGCUCUCAAUGACCCCAUUCAGUACCGCUACCACCUCACCAGCUCUGAGCUGGGAACGGACAUCGAUGUCAUGGACGAUGCGAAUAUCUGCAUAGCUACUGCAAUAUCCCUACUCAUGAUUCUUAUAUGUGGCAUGGCGACGUACGGGGCUUACAAGCAACAUGCUGCCUGGAUCAUUCCAUUCUUCUGCUACCAAAUCUUCGACUUUGCCCUGAACACACUGGUAGCCAUUAGCGUGGUGGUUUAUCCCAACACCGUGCAGGACUACCUCCAGCAGCUGCCGGGGACAUUCCCUUACAAAGAGGACAUCAUGUCCACCAACAACAUGUGCCUAGUUUUCGCAGUCCUCCUCUUCAUUGGCUGCAUCCUCUCCUUCAAGGCCUACCUGAUUGGCUGCGUGUGGAACUGCUACAGAUACGUGAGCGGCAGGGGUACCACAGAGGUCCUGGUCUAUGUCACCACCAACGACACCACGGUUCUGCUGCCGCCGUACGAGGAAGCCAUCGCCAUUCCGCCCAAGGAGCCCCCUCCCCAGUAUAUGGAGGCAUGAGGGACGUCCUCAACGCUGGACCCUAUACCCUCAAACCCCCACCCCUCAAAAAAAACCCACAGACCACAUCUCUCUCCAACAGUAGGACCCCGAUAUUGGCUGGAACAUGUUGAAAAAACUCUGUCUUAGAUGCUGGUUUCUGCUCGGAUUCCUGCCAACUGUAGAUUUGUGACGCUGAGCCAGUAUCACCCUCGACCCUCGACUCCGCCCUGCUUGUUGUGAUGUGUUGUCUUCCCCUCUUGUCUCCUCUGUCCUCUUCAAAGGGGACAUCAACUUUGAGACCAUCACCAUUCCUCCCUCUUGGCUGCGGCUGACCCCCCUCUGGCAGCCCUGAACACUCUGUCCCAAAUUAAUUUGCACUUUUCCGCUGUGGGAAACGUGCGCCAACUGGUCUGGCCACCAACUGUUAAACCCCCUUAAUACUGUGAAUCUCCCUCGUGGUCUUUGUAUAGAAACAAACUACCUGAAGAGAGACGGUGCAGAGAGAGAGAGAGAGAGAGAGAGAGAGAGAAGGAAAACGACAUACGUGACCCCCUUAUGCAAGAGCACUUUUUUCAGAAAUUGACAAAUUUCCUUCAUUGAAUGUAAUGUUGGGGUAUUUUUGUAUGACUUUUUUGUAUUCGAGAGAAAACGAAGUGCGCAGCGAAAGGCAAGUCCUGUUGUGAUAAAAUAUCAUCUGUGUACCGUCGUAGCUCGAAAGUGGUUCCUUGACAAAUAACAACCACGUCUUCCUUUUGUAUCCGUGUAACACGCCGUCUCUGUGAACCCGUUAACCCAUCGACUGCCAGUGAAAACCUCGUUCACCUAUUGCUUUUCAGUCCAUACCAGUUUGCCUUCCUGCCCCUUUUCGUGAACUGCUCCCGAGUUCUCAAAAGACACGGCAUUAAUGUAACAAUUGGGUGAAGCAUUUUACACAUUGACAAACGACAGAUUCACGUCCAAAAAAGGCAAUACUGUCUGUCUGUCACGUGUUUCCGCGUUGAGUUGCAGAAGCAACAGCACUGACUGUGUCUUUAUUGUUUGGGGGGGUUUUCGUACAUGGAUUGUGAUCUGAUAAAUUUGAGUCGAGCUAAUAUUUGUUGGACUGAAGGCAUUUACCUAUAAAGACGGUGUGACGUGCUACUGCACAUGCAGACACUGUAUGUUUGUGUAUGUGUGUGUCUGCUUGCCUGCGCGCUGUGUGUGGCAUUAUGAUGUAACUUCAAUGUCCUUUAUAUGUAGUAACAUGUUUGUUUGUUUUUUGCACAUGCAGUGAUAUCAUGUUGAGUUAUUUCCUGUGUUGGUGACGCCGGACAGGGAUCUGAAAGCAUUGAUUUAGCAUCGCAUAGCAGCACAAAAUCAAUAAGUAGUGUAUGGAGAUAUUUGAACAGUGCAAAUGCUUUGCCUGGAACAAUUUAGGCAAACAGUUGUAUUAUUAGAAAUAAUAAUGGAUAGAUAAUAAUCCUAUUCUUUCCAAUAAUUCCUCAAGUAGUGUUUGUUUUCAACAGAGAUAAAUAAAUGGAUAAAAACAUAGUGACUAUGCAGUAGUGCAUUCAACAACGUGUUUAACCUGAAAGUACAUGUACCAUUAAGUAGUAUUAUUCCAUGUGAUACUAAUACUGUAGUUGGUAAUGUAGCCCCUUCGUUAGCCCCCUCAUGAUUGUCCCCUUGUGGAUUCUGACCACCGCUUCUGCAAAUCCAACAAAGCUGAAAAAAUGAAAUUGCACUUUAAAGUCAGCGUAAGAGCAAACCCAUGCGUUUGUGUUUUCCUCGCCGAGUGGUUUUAAUAUGACCGGUCACCCUAAGUCCGCAUGAUACAAGCUUCGAAGACACGACGUAGACAAAUCAAAAUCUACACUGUGUGAUGCGACUGGAAAGCUGCAGAGCUGACGGACCGUCACGACAUUGAAACCCCUACACCGAGUUGAGUAGGGGUUUAGAGGGGAGAAGGGGGAAAAAAGAGCUUGUAUCUGGACGAGUGGAUGGUCGAUGCCUCAUUUUAUUAGAAUCACUCAAGACUUGUCCAUCAGCUUCCCCAUUCACACACGUCCUCUUGUUGGAUUCGCAUGAGCUCAUGUCUUCAACUCUGAAUAAUAAAAAGCUAAGUUAACCUGU